GAAUUGUUGGAAACCCAUGGACACCUGAUUCCUACUGGUACUCAGAGUCUCUGGAUAGGCGAUUCUGAUGAAGAUGAGGAGCAAGAGGAAAAACAUGAAGAGUGGUAUCAAUUGCAAGAGAAAAAAAUGGAAAAAGAUCCAAGCAAAUUGCUUCUUUGGGCUGCUGAAAAAAAUCGGCUUGCUACAGUGCAGAGACUACUUUCUGAGAAGGCCACUGAAGUGAACACUAGGGAUGAAGAUGAGUAUACCCCUCUUCACCGAGCAGCCUACAGUGGACAC